GGCGGAGACGAUCCAAUGAGUGUCGUGUACGAGAAAGCAUGCGAGAAAAAGCUAAUUGUUACCAUGUCAGUUAGAAGUGGACAGUUUAUUCACAGGUACACAGUGAACGAGUUGGGGCGAUGGGAAAUGGAAUUCGGCAUUCACGUGAAAACCUUUGAUCAAAUAACCACAAAGGAAGGGAAUGUGACAAAACCUAAGUGGAUCCCUGGUGGGGAGAUUGUCAUAGGACCACAUGUACGGAGGGGAAGGGGGAAAUAUGGCAGGCUUCUUGCAAGUUAUAUUGGUGAGUUCCAGUCCCACAGACAGUUUCCAACCUUGACUGAGAAGUUCCUCCUCAUUCCGUACGUCACCGAUAAGAUCGACCCUAAGAUGCAUCCACAGCUGAGGGACGGACCAGCGGAUUACAUGAUAAUAGACAAACAUGAAGUAAACUACAAACCGAGCGGACCUCAUGAAUGUGAUAAGAUAGGUGUCACUUAUACUGCUUUCAGGAAUCAACAACCCGCUGGCUGCCAACAGAAAAAGGGCGCAUGUCUCAACAAUCAGCCAAAAGAUUAUUUUGAAGAUGAUCUGAGUCGUCGAACCUCAGGCAAGACACCAUAUUAUUUUCCCGAGAAGUUUGGUAAGUUGGUCGGCGUCAAGAAACGUCCAUUAAAAGACGACGAACAGCAGUUCAUGCUUACUUAUGAGGUUGACGAAGUUAUGACAAGUAUGGUGACGCUUCAAAUCAGUGCAGAUGACAUCAUUCUCAUAUACAACAGGGCCUCUGGUAAGAUAUUGAAGGCGUACGCCCAGGACUUUGAAGCGGUGUCACAAGAUGGUCAUUUGUUUGUUGUGGUUCAAAACACGGGAUAUGUUACAGCUGAUUUCGCUGUCGUGAUAUCAGAAUGCUCAGGCGCAGAGGGAAAGUUCAGGGAGAAAUCUUUAUCAAUAAAUCCUCAGAAAACACACUUGUUCUCCUUUGAUGUCCACGCGUAUAACAUGAAAGGCGGAAACUACUACUGUGUUGUAAAGCUGUUUGAUUCCCGGGACAAAAUGGUCGAUAGCGCCAAUGUCACCUUCACCACCACAGCACCGUGUGUUUGUGCGACAGGAUGCGGCUGCAGUUGUUAUGACACUGGUUUUAAAUGCGUGGAAAGAGACGAGAAAGACUGGGACGAGGAAAAACCGACCGAGAGUGGCCUGGACUUUGGUGGCGCAGUUUCUGUAUGGACAAAAGUCAAAAACUUCUUCAAGAAACUGGGAAAGAUUCUGAAAUUCCUAAUAUCCCCAGGUGGCAUUGCCAGCAUUUUGGGGAUACUUUUGGCUCUUGGUGUUCUGAAGGCCGUCAUGGGCCUCAGAAGAAAAGGGGCUGCCGUGGCACGCUUCGGAAUGGGUGGUGUGAAAAAGGGUCGACAUGAAAAGACAAACGAUGCGGGGCAGAUUGUGGUAGUAGAGUACAAUAAAGAAGGAGAGCAAGUCGACCCCGUCACUAAGGAGGUCACCAAGCCACGAAACAAAACCAAAGAAUUUCUGUUCAACCUUAUUUUCUUCCUUAUCCUUCCUUUCUUACCGCUUUUUAAACUUGGUAGAAAGAUCAUAAAAUGUUGUAAAAAGGAUUCUAAUGCAAAGAAAGAACAAGGAAAACAAGACGAAAGUGAAGAAGACGGAAAAGUGAAAGGACCAGAUGUGGACAUCUUUAAAGGAGACAUCAUGAAAGAUGCAAGUCUGCGCGCGGAGAGUAGUCAAAGCGUGAAACUUUCCGGUGAAAAAGCGGGGGUUUCGCGAGAAAGCAAAGAGAACGUAACCACGAUCAAGCAAAGCCGCACAAAUAGCUUAGUGAUCAAAACGAGCGAGCAUGGUGAAGAAAAUAACAUUGCAACUGGCGGAGGUUCCCAAGGAACCAAGCGCAAAAUUAGCGCACAAGGGAGUAGGCGAGCGAGUAAGGAGCACGUGACUGAACCUCUAACAAACAAACUUACCAGUAAAGGAAAGGAGGAAGAUACGGGAACUUCACACGUGACUGAACCGUCAGCAGACAAACCUACCAGUGAAGGAAAGGAGCAAGAUAUGGGAACUUCCCACGUGACUGAACCGCUAGCAGACAAACCUACCAGUAAAGGAAAGCAGCAAGAUACGGAAACUUCACACGAGACUGAACCGUCAGCAGACGAACCUACCAGCAAAAGAAAGGAGCAAGAUACGGAAACUUCACAAGUGACUAAACCGUCAGCAGACAAACUCACCAGCAAAGGAAAGGAACAAGAUGCGGGAAUUUCACACCAAUCUAACAAACUGACUGUGAAGAAAACUGAACCCUCAGAGCCACAGGUUCCAGAAGAUAUCAGACAGCUCACAGAGGCUAAUCCGUUAAUUUAUCACAAUUACUUCGAUACAGACGCUGUUGCUGAUGAACUUGAGAUUGCUCCCCCGGAAUUAAUCUCCACUCUCACCGGGGGUCCAGCCGGGGGUCCAGCCGGGGAUCCAGCCGGGGGUCCAGCCGGGGGUCCAGCCGGGGGUCCAGCCGGGGGUCCAGCCGGGGGUCCAGCCGGGGGUCCAGCCGGGGGUCCAGCCGGGGGUCCAGCCGGGGGUCCAGCCGGGGGUCCAGCCGGGGGUCCAGCCGGGGGUCCAGCCGGGGGUCCAGCCGGGGGUCCAGCCGGGGGUCCAGCCGGGGGUCCAGCCGGGGGUCCAGCCGGGGGUCCAGCCGGGGGUCCAGCCGGGGGUCCAGCCGGGGGUCCAGCCGGGGGUCCAGCCGGGGGUCCAGCCGGGGGUCCAGCCGGGGGUCCAGCCGGGGGUCCAGCCGGGGGUCCAAUUUGCGGUAACCAGAAUGGGGAGCAGGUCUUGUUGAAUUUCCCAAAAACUCUCGACCCAUAUCUCUUUUCAAAGUUAAUGACAGCUCAAGAAGUUCGAGAACGGAUUUCUUUACAACCUAAAGCUCCCUGCCUUAAUCUAAAGUAAUCCUCAAACUACUAUGCCUUUACUUCUCCAUCGUGAAGUCUUAAAGUCACUUUUUUUGAGAUGACACAGCUCAUCUACCCUUUUAUUCAAAAUUCUAAUUACCUUUCCCAUUGUAAAUUUAUAACAGCCCAAAUGAAAUGUUCGAUAAGUUAAAGUAAAUAAAAGCACCCUCCUUUUAAGCGCAGCUUCAAAGAGUCUUUAUAAGACAAAACAUUUGGCUUAGCAACAUAAAUGAAAGCACGACAAAUGGCUUAAACUUGAAAAGAGUGAAGGACGAUCGAGGGAUGUAAUCACUGGACGGAGGGUAGCCUUAAAAGG